AUGGGAGGGUCUCCUUCCAUCUCUUUCUUCUUUUAUUUUAUAGGAUUCUUCAUUACCACAACCACCGCCGUGACUGUUGAUAUCAAAACCAAAGGAGCCGUCGCCGAUGGCAAAGCCAACGACGCCCAGGCGAUCAUGGAUGCAUGGAAGGAAGCAUGCGGAAGCAAGGAUCCGAGCCAAGUGGUGAUUCCGUCGGGAAACUACCUGGUGGCUUCGCCGGUGAGCUUGGUAGGACCAUGCCAGAAUCCGAUUGAGGUGGUGGCGGAAGGAGCCACCCUUUUAGCUCCGACCGAUCCCAAAGCCAUCAAGACAGAAAGUUGGUUCCAUAUCAAAAAUGUCAAUAAGAUGACUCUUACAGGAGGUAACUUCGAUGGACAAGGCGAGGAGGCUUGGAAGACCAACAAUGCCAUGAAGACCGGAAAAAUCGGUUUACCAUAUAAUAUAAGAAUGGAUCUGGUGAAGGAUUCCACCAUUAGAGGGAUAACUUCAAGAAACAGUAAACAAGUUCACAUACAGGUAAUCAAUUGUGACAACACAGUGAUUGAGAAAGCCAUCAUUGAUGCACCAGCGGAGAGUCUAAACACAGAUGGGAUUCAUAUCGGUAGAACCAACGGGUUUAAGAUCGUCGGCACGACCAUCAAGACCGGUGACGAUUGCAUUUCCAUUGGCGAUGGCAGCAAGAACAUUCAUGUCGAGAAAACCACAUGUGGCCCUGGCCAUGGAUUCAGUAUCGGCAGCCUCGGCAGGUACCCAGGCGAAGAACCCGUUGACGGGAUCUUCUUCCUGGGGUGCAGCAUCAGCAACAGUGACAACGGACUCAGGAUCAAGACCUGGCCUGGUUCUCUUCCAGGAGUCGCCAACCAACUGCAUUUCGAAGAUAUCAUAAUGGAGAAUGUUGGAAAUCCGAUAUUAAUCGAUCAAGAAUAUUGCCCUUAUCUCGACUGUCAUCCGGAGGUCCCUUCAAAGGUGAAGAUAUCAGACGUAUUGUUUAAAGGAAUCAGGGGGACUUCGAUGACAAAAUAUGCGAUAACGAUCCUUUGCAGCAAAGAGUUACAAUGCGAUAAGGUGGUGUUGCAAGACAUCGAUUUGAAAUACGAGGGAAAAGAGGGUCCGGGUGCCGUCUCUGGAUGUCAUAACGUCAAACCACAAGUCAUUGGAAAUGUGGUACCUCAGCCAUGUACAGCACCUCCUGACCUCUUUAGACAAACACAAAAAGGUUUUACAUUGUGUUUCGAAUUUGGGGAGGAAAAAAAGGGAAAAGAAAAUUAUUUUUCUAUUGUGUUCUUUCAAGAGAAGGAAAAGAAAGAAAAUAACUGCUAUGUUCUUGAAUAA